AGCUGGAAAACCUGAAGGGGCGGCAGCCAGGCCUCCCUCGCUGGCCGGGUGCGGCUCCCCUCGAGAGGCUGUCGGCUGAGCUCCGCACAGUUCCUCGGCAACCUCGGCCCCGGACCAACCGCCAGACAGAACAGAGACACCCCUCCACCCACAGGCACGACCUGCCUUCCUGGGAAGAUGCAGAGGCUCGUGCUGCUGCUCACCAUGGUGGGCACCCCACUGGCGGCGGCCACAACACCCACAAACCCUGCCCGGCCGGAUGCUCCCAGCAUGCUGCCUGCCCACCGGCGCCAGAAGAGAGACUGGAUUUGGAACCAGAUGCACAUUGAUGAAGAGAAAAACACCUCGCUACCCCAUUAUGUGGGCAAGAUCAAAUCAAGUGUGAACCGCCAGAAUGCCAAGUACCUGCUCAAAGGAGAGUCGGCCGGCAAGGUCUUCCGUGUCAAUGCAGACACAGGGGACGUGUACGCCUUUGAGAGGCUGGACAGGGAGAAGACCUCCGAGUACCACCUCAUUGCCCUUGUGGUGGACAAGGACACCGAGAAGGACCUGGAGUCUCCUUCCAGCUUUACCAUUAAAGUACAUGAUGUGAAUGACAACUGGCCUGUGUUCACACACCGGUUGUUCAACGCAUCUGUGCCAGAGAUGUCAGCUGUGGGGACCUCGGUCAUGCGUGUGACAGCAGUGGAUGCAGAUGACCCCACUGUGGCAGACCACGCCUCCAUCAUGUACCAAGUCCUGGAGGGAGAGAAAUACUUCGCCAUGGAUAAUUCUGGACUCAUUUUCACAACAACCAAACACUUGGACCGAGAGACACAGGCCAAGUACAAGAUCGUGGUGGAAGCACGGGACGCCCAGGGCCUCCGGGGGUACUCAAGCACAGCCACUGUGUUGGUCACUCUGCAGGAUGUCAACGACAACUUCCCCGUCUUCACCCAGACCAAGUACACAUUCACUGUGCCCGAAGACAUCCGUGUGGGCAGCCCCCUGGGCUCUCUGUUUGUUGAGGACGCAGACGAGCCCCAGAACCGGAUGACCAAGUACAGCAUCGUGCAGGGAGAGUACCGGGACACCUUCACCAUCGAGACGGACCCCACCCGCAACGAGGGCAUCAUCAAGGCCAUGAAGCCCCUGGACUAUGAACGUAUCCAGCAGUACAGCUUCACUAUCGAGGCAACAGACCCCACCAUCAACCUCCACUACCUGAGCAGCACCUCCCUCAGAAAAACUGCCCGAGUCAUCAUCAAUGUCACAGAUGUGGACGAGCCCCCCAACUUCCAGCAGCCCUUCUACCACUUCCAGCUGUGGGAGAACCAGAAGAAACCUCUGAUCGGCUCAGUGCUGGCCAUGGACCCCGAUGCCACUCGGAGGAGCAUUGGAUACUUCAUCCGCAGGACAAGUGACAAGGGCCAGUUCUUCCGAAUAACCAAGCAGGGGAACAUUUACAAUGAGAAAGAACUGGACAGAGAAAUCUACCCCUGGUAUAACUUGACAGUGGAGGCCAAAGAGCUGGAUUCUAGUGGAACCCCCACAGGCAAAGAAUCCAUUGUGCAGGUCCACAUCGAAAUUCUGGAUGAAAAUGACAAUGCUCCGGAGUUUGCCGAACCCUAUGAGCCCAAAGUAUGCGAGAAUGCUGCCCAGGGAAAGCUGGUCGUGCGAAUUUCAGCAACAGACAAGGAUAUAAUGCCACGAGAUGUGAAGUUCAAAUUCUCCCUGAGCUCUGAUGACAGCAACUUCACCCUCAGGGAUAAUCAUGAUAACACGGCCAACAUCACGGUCAAGUAUGGGCAAUUUGAUCGAGAGCGGGCCAAAGUUCACCACCUGCCUGUGCUCAUCUCGGACAAUGGGAGGCCGAGCCUCACAGGCACCAACACGCUGGCUGUGACCGUGUGCAAGUGCAAUGAGCGUGGCGAGUUCACCUUCUGUGAAGAGGCGGCCCCCCAGGUGGGCGUCAGCAUCCAGGCACUGGUAGCCAUCUUUCUCUGCAUCCUCACCAUCACAGUGAUCACCCUGCUCAUCUUCCUGAGGCGGCGGCUCCGGAAGCAGGCCCGUGCCCACGGCAAAAGCGUGCCCGAGAUCCACGAGCAGCUGGUCACCUACGACGAGGAGGGCGGCGGCGAGAUGGACACCACCAGCUACGACGUGUCAGUGCUCAACUCCGCGCGCGGCGGCGCGGCCAAGCCCCCGCGGCUCCCGCCAGAAGCGCGGCCGGCUGUGUACGCGCAUGUGCAGAAGCCGCCGCGGCAGGCGCACGGCGGACCCGGGGAGAUGGCGGCCAUGAUCGAGGUGAAGAAGGAUGAGGCGGACCACGAUGGCGGCGGCCCGCCCUACGACACGCUGCGCAUCUACGGCUACGAGGGCUCCGAGUCCAUCGCAGAGUCCCUCAGCUCCCUGGGCACCGACUCGUCUGACUCGGACAUCGACUACGACUUCCUCAAUGACUGGGGGCCCAGGUUCAAGAUGCUGGCCGAGCUGUACGGCUCGGACCCCAGGGAGGAGCUGGUGUAUUAGGGGCCGCGGGCCUCUGGGCCUGGGGGACCCGAACCACUGCAGCUCAGGCCAGUCAGACACCAGGCACUGAGCCCUGGAAUUGUAGCACUGCCACCCAAGCCCAGCAACCCUUCCUCACGGGUCCCAGGUCCCAGAGACCAACCUCCCACCACCUUGGGUAGCAAACUCCAGGUCACUGAAAUGUCCAGGAACAUAUAUCAGUGACAGCUGCCUCCUAAACGCUGGAAGAGUCUGGCUAGUGUUCUCUCUAGGCUUGGACAUCCAAAACCUUGAGGCCUAGGACCAUGGGUCCAGCUGGAAGACUUUCUCUGGCUCAUCAAAAGAGCUUUUGUUCAGCUUGGGGAGGAGGGCUUCUGCUGAGGUCUCUACACCACCUGGUGAAGCUGGUGAGGUCCAGGUGUACGUCUGUUCUGGAGGCAAGGGGCUGGCUGGCAUGCCCCUGGGGCAAGACUCUCUGCAGCCAGGCCCAUGGGAGCCUGGACGGUCCAUCACACCUGCCCUGCUUCAACUUCCUCAUGCCCUCUGAAGUCUGAAAUCCCCCACCACUCUCCAGCCUCUGCCCAGGCCUGUCAAGAGGGAGGAAGGGACCCCUUGACAGCACCAGAUCUUGGGUCCUGAGGUGACUUCAUGGGCCUGCCAUGCUGAUAACUGUGCUGUACUGAACACUGAAAACAACCAAAGUCAGGGAGAUGGCUUGUUGAACUCUGAAGCAACUGUGAAUCCAUCCUGGAGGGACAGUGGAGACCAAGUGUGACAGAUCAUAGGGUGAGGGCCAUCUCCACACCCUCACCCUCCAGAGAGGGCCUAGAGUAGCUGAGACCCCAGUUUGAGACCCAUCCUUACCCCUUCAGUUUUGCCAGGGAAGAGGGACAGAUGCUCCUGGAGCAGAAGACCACGCCCCAUCUCUGUCCGGUCUGGUCAUUCAUUUAUGCCCUCUUUUCUCUCUUUAUUUUCUCUCUCUCUCUCCAUCUCCUCAUCUCUUGACUUAGAGGCAACUCUGGCUAAAGUCCAAACAGCUGACUGCACAACAGAGCCGUGCCUUUACACCUCAUUGUUGCCACAUCUCAGGGAACCCCAGCAGGGCCCCAUCCCUUGGGCACACCCUGCAAAAGACAAGACCCCUGCCCUGCCCAAGCACAUCCCCGGCUGUCAUCUGUGCAUCUCCCACCUUCAGCCACAAAUGGAAAGCUGCACUGCAGCACACCUUGGGGAAGUGACAUCACCCAACAGGAAGGGGCAGGGAAGGAGGAAACUCUCCAACUCACCCUUGGUCGUGGGCUGAGGUUCCCAACUCUGGGCAAGGCCCUUCACACUUCAAGGGAUUGUAGAUAACACUUUUUUAACCAAUAUCUAGUUUUUCAUAAUUUUUUUACUAAUACUACUUACACAUUUCUAGCUCUCACAAACAUAGAAUAAGGGUUUUUGUGUAGUAAGCAGGUUGCUAUUUAGAUUAACUUUUAAUUCAGGUUUUUUAGUUGGAUAAACAAAUUCCUAUUACCUUGUAUUUCCUAUCAUUGUAGUAAUUGCUCUACUGAUAAUGGCUAUAUACUGGCCACACUGGUGCAUGAGAUGUACUGUAUUUUUUUUAUACCUAAAUAAAGACAAAUUUUGAAAUUCUUAGAUUUCUAAGAGCUGAGAGAGCUCAUGUGAAACACACAACUACCACCACCAGCAGAAGAAUCCAGGAAGCAAGAGGACAUUUGCAGUCAGGAUUUCAGACACACCACAGAAAAGGGAUUGCCACAGAGAAAACAAGGGACCUGUAAUCCAAUCCCUUCUCUUCCUAGAGCCCUAUCCCUUCACUCAGCCUCUAGGCAUUACUCCAAUCCCACCCUCAUCCUAUAAAGUAGCAAGGUCUCUGAAAGCUGAAGCUGCCACACCAUCUCCAUUUGGGAAAUGAACCAGGCAGGUGAGAUACAUGUGGUGAGGGAGGAAAUCAAUCUCUGAUUAGCCAGUGGACAACAAUGAUUGAGCAGCUGGUACUUUAUUGGGGUGUGUGGACCCCAACACUGGGGUCCUGCUUAGAAAACCUCACAAAAUAAAAAGAGGAAGCCUCCGUGUCGGA